GUGCGCUACCUGAAUAGUUUGUCAUACAGAUUCUUAAUAAAUACGUUUUGUUGUCCUUUAAAGUUUAAACGUUUUCUAGCCACCUUAAAAAACCAUGUCUGGUGACUGUUCCGUUUCCGGUCAAUGUGACGAUCCCAUGAAUACCCACCAAGCUGAUGAGGAUGAUUUGAAGACGAUGGAAACGGAAACAAUAGUUGAAGAAUUUGUCAGAUUAAAGCUAAAACAAAGUGCAGGGAUUGUUCAACGCCGGCGAACUUCAACCGAUAUGGAGACACAAGCUUUAAUUGGUCGUCUUAUAGAAAUAUCAAAUGAGUUAGAAGCUCAAUAUGGCGAACGAUUGAAUCAAGAUGCUGAAAUGUGGAUCAAGUCAGCCACCUAUGAAAAGUUUCUACAGAUUGCAAAAGGAGUUUUUUCGGAUGGGAUUAUUAAUUGGUCACGAAUUGUGGUAUUGUUCAUGUUCGCUGUCAAAGUGGUAGUCAAUGCAAUUUCAAAAGGAUUUGGUGGUCUUGCUGGUGAUGUCAUAAAAUUUGUUGUUAAAUUUGUUUUUAUUCAUGGUAUAUACAAAUGGGUCGAGAGUCAUGGUGGUUGGUUUUUCAUAGUGAUCAGAGAUUAAUAUCUGUUGGAGAACAAGGUGGCUGUUUUACGCGAGUAUACCCCACAUUCUAAUUCAAGUGGUCUAUUUGUAUUCGGCCUCACUCUGUUAAUUGUUUGCUUAUUGUUAACAAGAAAGAUUUAAUUAAUUGUCAUCAGUGCUCUAUAUCGCCU